AUGACAUCUUUGACAAAAGUCAUCGACGACAAGGUCGUCACUAACACUGAUGUCAAACCUCCCACCGGAUGGACCGUCAACUACGAAGACUUUGGUGAUGAUAGUAUAUGGGGCGAAGAAGGAGAAGUUGCUGAUCUGGUCGGCAGUUAUGGCAUCUUCGGAGUGGUCAAGCCGCUCUUCAGAGCCCUUACCAGCUCCGACGAGGUCAUUUUUCUGAUCGAGAUUAACGAGCAGUACUAUAUAUACCAUGGAGAGUCUGGAUGGGUACAGCGGGUUGUCUCGCCGGUAGAUUUGGAGGAGAUUGUGGAAUUUAUCAAUGAGCAGGGAUAUUGGCAGCUGGAAACAGAGGAUCUCGAGUGA